UUCUGAUCCUGCCAUUGAUACUGAAUGCUCCUUCAGUAGGGAAAAGACUAAUUUUUCAAAACAAUCUAUCUCUUUAAUAGUUUAAAGUGUGCUCUCCAUCUGUACUUGAAUGUCAAGAAUUCCCCUCUGUCAGAGGGUCUUGCUUAGCGCACUGAAUCAGCAAUACACUUGGUUUCUGGACACAAACAGCAUGAAGUCAGCUAUAACUGAACUGAGGAGUACAUUUCCAAGCACACUAUCCAUCUCACCUGGGAUACACUGAAAUCCAAGGCUUGUGCACCUCCACAGGAUAGAUACAGGACGUUUUUGUGUGUAUUUUUCACCAAGGCACAGCUCAUACCUUCCAAGUAAGAUGCCUCUCCCCCACCUCCUCCAGAAGAGAGCCACUGCACUCCAGAGACAGCUCCUGUCUGAAAACCUGUUGCUGGAUCUGGAGGAGUUUUUGAAGAAAAAAGAGGUACAGAACGAAGGCGCAAGAAGGAAGAGCUUCAACAAUGAGCAGAAUGUCCUAAGUUUCGAUCAGGAGCAGAACACUGGCCUAGAGGAGGAGCUGCAGUUGGAGCACCUGCAAUGGCUAAAGGAAGCGUUUGCCAGUCACGUGCCUAGAGAUCCCAGGUCUGGCGAGGUAGGGGCAGGCUGGAAGGCUGGAAGGGGGUGGCGAUCGAGCCGCGGACCCAAGCAACAGGCAGGCAGUAUGAGUCUGGAAGAGUUCCAGUCUGCCUUGGGUACCAUGCUGGGCUCGGAGCGCUGGGCCAGUCAGAUGGAAUUGCUUUUUAACAAGGUCGAUACUUCCUGUGAUGGUUAUGUGGACUGGGAAGAGUUCUGCACCUACCUGCUGCUACAGUACAAGGAGAAAGACUACACCGGCCGUCAGAGAGAAACUUUUCUCAGCACACAGCCAAUCAUUAGACACUGUCUGUACAACAAGCAAGAGCCCACCAUCCGAAUGCUGGCAGUGCCCCACCCUCAGCCACUGCGCUUCCUCGGUGUCAGCAAGGAGGGAACUCUGACCAUCUGGGACAGCAGCCUGCGCAUUCUCAAGUCACAGGAGGUCUCUUUGGAGUCCAGUGAGAUCGCAGGAAGCAGGAGCAGGAUCAGGAAAUGGACUACAGAUGCUGUUUGCAUGCCCGAUGUCCACAAGAUUGCACUGGCAACGUCCAGCAGGGACAUCCACUUUUUUGACAUUUCUACAGCCAGCUGUUUUGAGGAGUUUUACUUGUUUGGAAUUGCCAAUGUGCCAACCUGCUUAUGCUACUGGUGUGACACCAAGGCACCAGGAAGCCCUUCUGUGCUCUUGUGGGGGGAUGAUGUAGGGAACGUGAACGUACUGUGGUUCCUCCACCCCCUUUCAGGCAUGUUUGAGACUCCCUUCACUGAGGAGAAAGGACCUCAGAGAGUCUUCAUGCAGGAUAUCCGCGAUCACAUCCGGUUGGUCUCCUAUCAGCUCAUUCCUGGGGUUCACAGGGAGGCCAUCCGCAGGAUCUGCUACGAGCGCAGUGGCGAUCUAAUCAUCACAUCAUCAGGGAGUUCCUCCACCUCGGUGGUCAUCAUGGACGCUCCCCGCAAAAAGAAGAGUUACACCUGGAAAAUCAACAAGGGAGUCACAUGCUUUGACUUCUGUAAGUCCCUGAAUCUGCUGGUGACAGGGGGGGUGGAUCAUACUGUCCGCCUGUGGAACCAAUACGUGACAAGUCGCCCUGUGGCCACUCUGCAGGGACACUACAUGGCGGUGCUGGACGUGGUCAUCUACGAGCCCCUGGGCCAGAUAUUUAGCUACUCCAAAGAUGCUGUGCUGAAAGUUUGGGACAUCUCCUCUCUGUGCUGCCUGCGGACUCUGCUUCUGAAGUUCCCCUGUGUGCAGGCUGGCCGCGCUGUUGAGCACGGAGACUUCCCCUUCCUGCUGCUGACAUCUGCACCCCAUGUGCUUCUGGUGUCAUGUGGGGACUACUUGGCCCUGCUGCGACUGCAGAGCGGGGGUGCUGAGGGAGACCGGCUCCUCACACACAGUGCACCGCUGUCCUGCGCUCUCUACAACCCCUUCUUCAAACAGGUGGUUACAGGCAGUGAUGAUUCCACAGUUGCUGUGUGGGAUGUGGAGACUGGGACGAAGUGUCUUCAGCUAAGCAACGUCCAUGGACAAGAGGAGAUCACAUGCAUGGCCUUGGAUACCACACAGCGCAGGCUGAUCACUGGGGCACGCAAUGGGGCCAUCAAGGUAUGGAACAUCCAGAAUGGACACAAUCUUCACAAACUGGAGGCUAUAGCUGAAGCAGAAGUCACAGGGGUCAUCUGUUUCCAGGACAACAAACUCCUGACUGUGGGAUGGAAUCGAAAGCUAGCCCUUUACAGCAUCACAGACCCUGGGAAGACCUAUGUGCCUGCAGACCUGUCCUGGAAGGGAGGCCAGGUGCACUCUGAUGAUAUCUUGGCUGUGGACUACUGUCCUUCUCUGGGGCUGCUUGCGACAGCCAGCUUCGAUGGAGAGCUUAUCGUCUGGACCCUGGAUACACAGAGAUCCUUUGUCUACCUCCGCAGGGCACCACACACAGCAGACAGCCCUGGCGUGACUCUCAACACCUCAGAUGAGCCCACCAGCAAAACGAUGCAGCCCAGACCCAACUCCAGACACAGAAGAGCUCACGCCAGGGACAAGGGGGCUCAGCCUCCAGUGGAUAAGCUGUUGUUUCUGAAGUUCCGUGCCGAGGACAGGAAGUGCAGAAAUGGGCCGCUCCUCGUCAGCUCAGAGGCAGGCUUCCUCUGUUGGUGGAGCGUGAUGGGAUCACCUCGUAAACACGGGCAGUUCUAUGCCCCAAAGAGAACAGAUGAGUCUGUUCUGGGGUUGUGUACAGACCAGGAGAACAGCCUCCUCAUGUCUGGGGACACUGCAGGCUUCAUACAGGUGUGGGACAUCUCUGAGUUCAGGCUACAGCCUGGCGAUAAGGCAGUCAAUGGCUGCCCUCCCCUGCUGUACUGCUGGAGAGCCCAUGACAGCACAGUGGUCAGCAUGGAGCUGCUGCUCUUCAGCUCCCAGCUCUUCCUGGUCAGUGCCUCCUCAGACCAGACUGCUAGGCUGUGGUCCUGCAAUGGGUGUUACGUGGGCACAUUUGGACAGAAGAAGAAAUGGAACCUGAAUAACCCGUCUACAUAUCAACAUCCCAGAGACCCCUGGAGUGAUACCAGGGAAAUAGAGAAAGAGGAGGAAGAAGAGGAGAAGACUGGUGUUAGACAGCAGUCUGUCAGUGGCCUGUCUCCGAGCAAAGAGCAAAGAUUGAUUCAGGAGGAGGCAUCAGGCCAGAGUGGGGAGACAAUCUGGAAGGAUGGAGCCCAGCAAGAAGAAGACUCUGAACGUUGUGCAGGCUUCACACAGUCUUUCAUUUCUUCACUGGACUCCAGGGAGGCAGAAGGCCCAGCCUCCGGCCUCUUGGACAAUCCUGCCAAGGCACCACACACCAAGAGUGCUCUGGGAGUGCAGGUUGAACAGGGUCUUCUGAGGAAGACAGUGGCUCGACUUGAGCGUCGCCUGGCAUUCGGAGACAUUGACUCCAGGAAGCUCGCCCGCGUUGGGAGUGUCUGCACGCCCUUCCAAGCUCUGGCUACUCCAGAAUGCCAGGAGCUGCAGCUGCCCUGUGAUUUACCCAUGAGCCCUUGGAUGCUGAGCAAAGGGCUGAAGUGUGUAAAUGAGGCUGAUCUGAAGUCUCUGCCACUGACAAGUCAUAGCUCGGAUAAUGACCAAGCUGAAGACCCGGACAGAACCAUUGUCAGGAGCAGGCUGCCUCUGGACUAAAGAAAGCUAAGGUCUUGAGCCACUCCACCACCCUCUUCCUUAUGGACACACCUCAGCAGCUGGCUCAAAGCAGAGUAAACCACUUCAAUGGCAGACAAUCCACCACAGAAAACCUGUAUGAACUCUGAGAACCGCUGUCUUUCGUCAUAUGACAGCGGUGGAUUUAAAAAAAAAGUAUUUUGUAUUUUAUUGACUGAGGUUCCUCAGCAGUAUAUUCAGUUUCAAAUCUGUUGUCAUGAAAUUCCUCAGGGACUCUAUUUUUGGAACUCUCUUAAGAGUUGCCAUGUUUGAAGAGUCAAACACUUCUCACAUUUGGUAAGAAAAUCACAUUACUCUACAACAGUUGAUUGCCGACGUUGUGGUCCAAACACCUGAAAACAAACUAUACAAUGUAUUCCAAUACAGUUGCCCCUCAAAUGCAAAUAUACAAUUCAAUUAAAUUUAGGAUAAAAGAUUUGUGAAAUGAAUUCUGAAGUUGCUGCUUUAGAUAUAAACCUAGCAAUAUCCUUACUUUUCAUAUGCAGUAGAUCUGAAAUGUUCACAGAUACUUUCCUGUCUUAUUAUUUUAUGGAAGAUCAAGUGAGCUCAAACAGAAUUAUUAAUGACAAAGUCGUCAUUCAGAAUCUCACAAACAUGGUGGCAGUCUGAAAUUUGUGUCACAUCUAUGAGAUUAUAUGGUAAUUUAAAGUUUAAGUACAAGGUUUUUAUAAAAGUUAGUU